CUACUUUCUCUUUUCUCUUACAUACAUACAUGGUCGCGCUUCGCGUAUAGAAUUUUUUCCUAUUCCCGGGGUCAUUCUACGCGUACUCGAACUACCCGGAAAUACCUUUGCUAGUGACUUAUCCUCACUACAACACAUACAAGAACCACGGAACCAACUCAACCAAUGUCAACAGCCCGUUCGGCGCACGCACAGGCUAUCUUGGGGCCAGACUUGCAUGCCCUUCUCGCGAACACAAAGGUUCUCCUUGUUGGUGCUGGUGGAAUAGGUUGUGAACUGUUGAAAAAUAUCGUGCUCACGGGCUUUGGCGAAAUCACACUUCUUGACCUAGAUACCAUCGACCUCUCCAAUCUCAACCGACAAUUUCUUUUUAGGAGGAAGGACGUGAAACAGAGCAAAGCUCUUGUUGCGGCCCAGUCAGCAGCUCCAUUCAAUCCCAAUAUACGGAUAAAACCUCUUCAUGCUAAUAUCAAGGAACCCCAAUUCGAUGUCCGAUGGUUCCAAGGAUUUGAUAUUGUUCUGAACGCUCUUGACAACCUCGAUGCUCGAAGACAUGUUAAUAAAAUGUGUAUGGCUGCACAAGUUCCGUUGGUUGAGUCCGGGACAGCUGGGUACUUGGGUCAGGUUCAGCCUCUUUUGAAAGAUCUGACAGAGUGUUUCGAUUGCAUACCGAAGCCUACACCCAAGACGUUUCCCGUCUGCACCAUUCGCUCGACUCCCAGUCAACCCAUUCAUUGCAUUGUGUGGAGUAAGACCUACUUGAUGGGACAAUUAUUUGGUGAAGACGAAGACGCUGGAUCGGAACUUGAUGAGGCGGAGAAAGAAGGCGAAAACGCCCAAGAAAUUGCCACUUUACGGAAGGAAGCGUUUGCUUUCCAGGCUGUGAGACGAGCCCUUCGAUCUCCGAACUCCAAGGGUUCUGCUGCAAGAAUGGUCUUUCAUAAGAUAUUCGACUCCGAUAUACGCAAUCUACUCGUCAUGUCAGAUAUGUGGCGGACCAGGACUCCUCCCACUCCAUUAGAUUUCGACGCAAUUUUGGAAGGGACUCCUGUUUUUGAUCACCAAAAAGAGACGCGGGAUACUCCAUUAAACGGUCAAAAUCAAGCCAAUCCCAAUGGGCAGCUCAAUGGCCAACUUCCGAAUCGAACGGAACAGCCAGCCAACGCCAGUCUCAAAGAUCAGCGCACGUUAUCACUCAAGGAUAAUCUGAUGCUGUUCGUUUCGAGCACCAAACGGCUAGCUGCCCGUUUACAGUCUGGGGAGGAAACAAUAUCUUUCGACAAAGAUGAUGACGAUACUCUUGACUUUGUGACCGCAGCGUCCAAUCUCCGGUCUACCGCUUACGGUAUCCCCUGUAAAACGCGUUGGGAAGUGAAGGAGAUGGCUGGAAACAUCAUACCAGCAAUUGCUACAACCAAUGCGAUCAUUGCGGGCUUAAUUGUUCUGCAGGCCCUUCAUCUCCUGCGCAAGUCACAUAACAAACUCCGCAAUGUUCAUUUACAAUACAAACCCUCAGUACCUCUAAGCACCGUGACCUUGUCUGCUCCUAAUCCCGCAUGCGGCAUCUGUCGAGAUACCUACACAAAUUUACUAUGUGACACGUCAAGAACGACCCUAAAUGACGUGGUGAAGGGCAUUCUCGGAGAGGACGAAAGGGAAGUGAGUGUGUACGAGGAUAAGAGGGUUUUAAGUGACCCAGACUGGGAUGACAAUAAUGAAAGGACCCUUGAAAGCCUCAAUGUGACGAGAGGCAAGUUCUUGUCAAUAGUAGAUGAGGAAGGGGAGUGGGAAACAAUAUCUGUGGCAAUAAGCACAUUACCCGCGAAUCACCCGGUGGAUGGAUCGCCGUUGAUUUUGCCUGAUCCUCUACCUAGACCACCUAGGAAGGCGAAAACCAGCUUACCUCCACCUUCAACUCCCCCUCGAGCAUCACUCAAACGGUCUGCACCCGACGACAGCGAUAUUGUGGGAGUAGAGCCAAAUGCCAAGCGAAUGAAGGCGGACGUAGUUGCAAGUCCAACUAAGAGGAGGCGAUUAGAGGAGGAUGGGCUGGUUCUGUUGGAGAAUGAGAAAGACGCAUUGGACGAUGAUGUUAUUGAGAUUGAUUGAGUUACUUGUAUAUCGCGCUCCUAUCGUUACUUAUUCACUGCGGAUGUCCAGAACACCACAGUAUUAGUACGCGUUGUGACCGGUCACCUGACCGUGACCUCAUCAGCCAUACUAUUGCGUUCUCAGAAGUCUCAAGUUUAUUUACUACAGCC